AUGGAGUCGAUGCAGAGCCGAGUGGAAUCGUGGAUCAGAGACCAGAGUGCGAGAUUUUUACGGGUCUCUUGGGGCCCACUUCAAUGGAGGUUCCGGUGGCCGCCAUGGAACGGAGAAGAUGCCGAUCAGAGGGUCAAGAUCCGCCGGGAGUACGAGAAGCGAAAAAAGCAAAUUCAGGAUCUUUGUCUCGCCCUCAAAUCCGAAUCGGUCGAAGAUUUGCAGGACUUACUCUGUUGCAUGGUACUUUCCGAGUGUGUUUACAAGAGACCUUCAAGUGAGAUGGUUCGAGCUGUAAACAAAUUUAAAGCGGACUUUGGCGGCCAAUUUAUAUCGUUGGAGAGAGUUCAACCUUCAUCAGAUCACGUUCCUCACAGGUAUCUACUCGCUGAGGCUGGUGAUACAUUAUUUGCAUCCUUUGUUGGAACUAAGCAAUAUAAGGACAUCAUGGCUGAUGCAAAUAUACUUCAAGGUCACAUAUUUCACGAUGAUGUCCCUGAGGAUGAAUGCACCGCAGCAUCUGAACCUAUACAACGUAGACAGAAGCCCAAACCUGCUGCUCAUCGGGGAUUCUUGGCUCGUGCUAAGGCGAUACCUGCUCUGGAACUGUAUAGACUUGCUCAGAAAAAGAAACAAAAACUUGUCUUAUGUGGACAUUCACUUGGUGGAGCUGUAGCUGCAUUAGCCACACUUGCAAUAUUGAGGGUUGUUGCUUCCUCUUCUACAAAGAAAGAAAAUGAAAAUAUUCAUGUCAAAUGUAUAACCUUUUCCCAGCCUCCUGUUGGGAAUGCUGCGUUGCGAGAUUACGUACAUGAAAAGGGGUGGCAUCAUUAUUUCAAGAGCUACUGUAUACCUGAAGAUUUGGUCCCCAGGAUAUUAUCGCCUGCAUAUUUUCAUCAUUACAAUGAGCAAAGAAUGUCAAUGGCUGUAGAGGCUGAUGCCACAAAUUCGUCAGUGUCAGAAAUGAAUGGCCAGGGUGUAACUUCAGAGGCAGGAAAGACAAAAGGCAAAGAACACGAGCAGUUAGUCAUUGGUGUUGGCCCUGUUCAGAACUCAUUCUGGAGGCUUUCAAGACUUGUUCCCCUUGAGGCUGUUAAAAAACAACUAGAUAGGUAUAGAGGGAAGAAAGUGGAUCCUGCAGAGAGUUCUACUGCAACUGAAUCUUCAGUGUCAGGUCCUUUUGAGGACGUGGUUAUUGAACCACAAUCUCUUGAAAUAGAAGAGGGUAGGGAUGGUAUAUCUCUCAAGCCAUUGCCAGAUACGGGUAACGCCCAAACAGUUGGUGGAAGGAGUGAUGGACAGAGCGAUUCAUCCAAUGGUUUUGGAAAUAGUUGGCGCAGGGUUCCUUCUUUACCUUCUUACGUUCCAUUCGGACAGCUAUAUCUCUUGGGAACUGCAUCUGUGGAACCACUUUCAGAAGGAGAGUACUCUAAGUUGACAUCGGUCAGAUCUGUGAUUACCGAACUAAGGGAACGUCUUCAGUCACAUUCUAUGAAAUCCUAUAGGUCUCGCUUCCAGAGAAUACAUGACCUCUGCAUGGAUAUUGAUGAAUUUUUCGGAGUGGAUCAGCAGAAGCAGUUUCCACAUUUACAACAGUGGCUUGGACUUGCUGUUGGUAGUAGUGUAGAAAUUGGGCAUAUCGUUGAAUCACCGGUCAUCAGAACCGCCACUUCUAUCACUCCUCUUGGCUGGAAAGGUGUCCCUGGUGAUAAGAAUCUGAAAGUUGAUAUCACUGGAUUUAGGUUGCAUUUGUGUUCUUUUGUUCAUGCACAAGUGAAUGGCAAUUGGUACUCAACUACUGUGGAAUCUUCAGGAAAUGUAGAACAGACAGAACUGCAGAAAAUUAGGGUGACCAUUGAAAGUCCUCUGAAACGACCUCCAAGCAAUCAAAUAGUUGAAGAUCCUUUAGUUCCUAUGUUCUCGUCUGUUGAUUCAAACACCGGUUUGCUGAAGGAAGGAAUCAGUUUAGGAUUUUUUCAAGAGGACAAGUUUGUUCGUCCUGAAGGUUUGGAAGACUUGUAUAUAUUCUGUACUAGUGAUUUCGCUACUGUAGCUAAGGAGGUUGAUGUCAGAACACGGAGGGUCCGAUUACUCGGGCUUGAGGGUGCUGGUAAAACCUCUCUGUUCCGGGGAAUACUGGGUCAAAGCAUGCUGAGUUCGAUGACCCAUGUGGAGAAUCUGCAGAUACAGUCCGAUGUUCAAGAAUGUAUUGUUGGUGGUGUUUGCUACUCCGACACAGUAGGCGUGAACCUGCAGGAGCUGCACUUGGAGGCUACUCGCUUUAGAGAAGAAAUAUGGCAAGGAGUUCGUAACCUAAGUAAGAAGAUAGAUCUGAUUAUUCUUGUGCACAAUCUAUCUCACAGAAUACCACGUUACCAGAACUCAACAACGCAACAGCAACCAGCACUUUCUCUUCUGUUGGAGGAGGUCAAAUCUCUCGGCAUCCCUUGGGUUCUCGCCAUUACAAACAAGUUCUCAGUCAGUGCCCAUCAGCAGAAAACUAUGAUAGAAGCUGUUCUUCAGGCAUAUCAAGCGUCUCCAAACACAACCGGAAUUGUCAACUCUAUCCCUUAUGUUAUCUCUGGCUCUGGGAGUUCCUCAUUGCCAUGGGCAGCUGUGAAUGCCGGUAAUGAAGGAUCAUUAGGUGCUCAGAAGCUGAUCUUCGCUCCACUCGACCUUGUCAAAAAGCCUUUUCAGAGAAAAGACACUGUUUUUCCGGUGGACGGUGUGAAUUCCCUUUGCCAGCUUGUGCAUAGCGUCCUUCAAACUCAAGAAGAAGCUUGCUUUCAGGAACUUGCUAGAGACAGACUGUUGGUGGAACUGGCUAAAAGCCGUGCCGUAGAUGGUUCAAAGGCCAAGUCAUCGUCGAUGUCAGCAGCAGCCGUGGGUGCUUCACUUGGAGCCGGUCUUGGCCUUGUCUUAGCAGUAGUAAUGGGUGCUGGUUCCGCUUUACGAAAACCUUGAUUGUAUUUGUACCUAAUCAACCAUUGAAUCUAUUUAUAUAUGUACAUAUAGUUCCAUUAGAGGUUCAUUUCAAAAAUUCACGAUUUCA